GCAAAGUUGCUUCUUCACAACUUUCACUUCCUCGGAAGCAAGUUGUGUUUUAGCGCUCUGGCGCCCAGGCGAUCUUUGGCGAUCAGCGAUCAGCAUUGUGCGACCAGCUUUCAGUGGUCAGCGUUCAGCGACCAGCGAUCUCUGUAGGGGCUAGGAGAGUUUAGGAGAUAGAGCGCUUCCUGCUCCAGAGCAUUCCAUUGCUCUGCAGCAUGGCCGCGUUUGUGGCAGGCCUGCUUGGUAUGAGCCAGCAGGAGCUUCGCUUUCGCGUGCAGCGAGCGAACCAUAUGACAGUUGCUCCUCUCCUGAGCCUCUUCCACUCUGUCUCUCCCCUCCUAGGACUGACACAGAGCUCGUCUGACCUUCCUGCCUCUGAGGAGUCUCUCUCUCCCUCCCCCUCUUCUGAGUCUGCUCAAGGUUUCAAGGGCCUGGAUGGCGAACAAACUCACGCAGAUUCAGACGCCCCAGCCCUGGCCUCCCCCCGCGCUGACACGAUCUCAGUUCUUGAACUGACAAAGGGAGAGCCCCAGAUUGGUCUUUGUGAGCAGGGCUUGUGCGGCAGGGGUCAGGCGCUGCCUCAGGGUGAAGAGGAGGAGGGGAAAUUGCAGAGGUUUUGUUCAGGGGAGGGCUUGGGGGAGGUCCCCUCACAUGAGGGGGGGGAUGAGGAUGAGACGUUGGGGGCAGGGCUUGCGGCGGCAGCUACUGUGAGGGCAGGAAUGGAAACCAGCAUUGUGCAGCUUGACCAGGGGUGCUUGGCUCAGAUUAUCUCGCAGAUGGAUCUGUCGAGCCUUAGAGCAUGCUCCCUGGUCUGCCGCGACUGGCUGGAAGUCUCGAGCUCUGCACGGACAUCCGUGACUCUGCGCAACGGCCCUCAGAUUGCUGCCUUCCCCAAGCUGGUUGCCCGCUUCUCAAGAAUCCACACGCUGCACGUUGAAGGGCGCGCCCCGGCAGACGCGCCCUCUGUCUUGUCUCUGGACGAUGCUGUGAUGGAGGUCCUUGCACAGAGCUGCGGCUGCCUGCGUGAGCUGCGGCUGAAGUACUGCUCACUGUCUGACGCGGGCCUUGCUGCGGUUCUGAGGGGCUGCCCCGAGUUGCUCGUGCUUGGCUUGGCUCACAGUGAGGGGUUCUCGGGGGAGGCAUUCAGCGGCCUGUGCUGCAAGUUGGAAAAGCUGGAGCUGAAUGUCUGCGAGGGGCUUACGAAUGAGGGGUUGGUGGUGGCUGCGGCUGCCUGCUCUGGUCUCAAGGACUUUGGUAUCUAUACUGCGCAGCCGAACAGAUCUCUGGAGCAGGGGGUGGAGGCAUUCUCAAAGGCAUGCCCUGGACUGAAAGUGUUUGCCGUCCACGCCUGUCGGCUUACUGAUGAGGCCCUGCAAAGAAUUGCCGCUAGGUGCCCCCUCAUACAGCAGAUCAGUGUCACGUGCGAGUAUUACAUCACAGACAGGGGGCUAGACGCCUUCCUGGCCCUGCUCCCUCGUGUGCACACAGUGACGCUGCAAAAGAACCGCGCGGUUUCUGGCAUCCCGCAAUUCGGGUCCAACCGGUGCUUGAGACGACUUCGGCUAGGUUGGUUGUGCACGACGCCCGACGAGGUCCUUAAAGGGUUAGCUAAUCAGGCUGGCCUUGAGGAGCUGGUUCUGAUAUGCUGCCCCUUUCUCACGGACGCCACCGUUGAGAAGAUUUUGACGUGUUGCAAGAAGCUGACUUGGUUGAUGCUUCACAGUAGUAAGCUUGUCACUGCAGAGACUGUCAGUGCAUACAUCCGGUGCGGCAGCAAAGCCAGGCUAGAAAUUAAGCGUUGCUCGGGUAUGAAGAAAGGAGCUCUAGGGCAGGAUGUCUUAAAAUUGAAGAAGCUUCAGGUGCAAUGCUUCUGACACGAUAAACGCCUGGAGUAAAUUCCCGACAUCUGAAAAUCAAGGAAACCUGAACUUUGACAUUUGUUUAAGCUCAUGAGGCAUGUGUACAUAUG